UUGAAUAACCCGCAGUCACUCACAACAAGGAGGGAGUUCCUCCGAUCCAGACGCGUGUUCUCCGCUUCUUGUUCUCUCUCUGAGACUCGGACCUGCAGAUUAUUUGUCGAAAUAGACUCCUGAUGUGAACUUUUAACACCUUUUAACUCGUUGUACUCGCAAACAAUCGCCAAGUUUAGCCUCCGUCGUGUUCAUGACAGUGGCAGAAGUCGCGACAGAGACAGUUGAGUUUAGUUGAAUAUCUGUUGGGAGAUUUUGCUUUUUCCUCGACCGGAGAUGCCUGAGGACGUUGGGACAGCCAAGCCUGGAGGAGUCAUUGCCUAUAUUUCCUCUGGCUCAGCCUCCAGCCCAGAGUCCUGUAUGAGCACCAGCCCCAGAAGCGGCUACCUGUCGACAUCACCGACUCUGUCCCGCCCCUCGCUGCCCAGCAGGGCCGUGGGCAUGGUGGUGGAUAUCUCUCCGCCGGGCAAGAAUGGCCACCAGCGUAGCCACGGCAUGGAGAAGGCGGGGCGCUCCUCCACAUCUGCCAAGAGCAGCAUCACCAAAAUCAAUGGCAUGGUGCUGUUGUGCAAGGUGUGUGGUGAUGUGGCCUCGGGCUUCCACUAUGGCGUCCAUGCUUGCGAAGGCUGCAAGGGCUUCUUCAGGAGAAGCAUCCAGCAAAACAUCCAGUACAAGAAGUGUCUUAAGAUGGAGAGCUGCACCAUCAUGAGGAUCAACAGGAACCGCUGCCAGCAGUGUCGGUUCAAGAAGUGUCUGGCUGUCGGCAUGUCCAGAGAUGCUGUCCGAUUUGGCCGCAUCCCAAAGCGGGAAAAGCAGAGGAUGCUGCUGGAGAUGCAGAACGCCAUGAACAACAUGAUGAGCAACAACAGCCAGCUGCACAGCAUGCUGCACGGCCACCAGAGCCCGUCGCUGCCAGUGGAGGCCAUGACCAACGAUGCCAGCUCCUCAUCCUCCUCCUCUGCUUCUGAUUCCCCGUCGUGCUCCAACCCCUCCUCCCCGCAGUGCCCCCAGGACUCAGAGUCUGUGGUUUCCAUGGACACCAACUCCAGCUCUGCUUCCUCUUGCGCAUCUGACAGCGGCGAGGACGAGGCCGUCGUUACGAUGAGCAGGCAGCACCAAGACGCCUUCGCGUUCAGCCAGCAGAGGUCGCCGAGACAGGGCCAGGCCUCGCCUUCGCCGGUCACGGUCGCCCUGGAGACGCGGUGCGACGGCCGCAUGGAGGAGCAACAGGAGAGCUGGAACUGCUGGAACAGCAAUGUGGUUUUGAGAGGUUACCAGCACAGUUCUUACAGUAACAGCCAACACGUCACCGACACUGCUUACAGGGAGGAGGGGGGAGUUUACCAGCAGCAGCCUCAGCAGCAGCAGCAGCAGCAGCUCAACAGCACCCCUAGCUGUAAACCAUCAGAAGACAGCCAAAGACAGCAUGAAUUUAACACACAAACUGCCUCAAGUGGUUAUAAUGGACCAACCAACUGCGUGAAUAACAGAGCACACUUGGUCUGUCCGAUGAACACGUCACCCUACGUGGACCCCCGCAAGCCGAGCCAGGAGAUCUGGGAGGAGUUCUCCAUGAGCUUCACCCCCGCCGUGCGGGAGGUGGUCGACUUCGCCAAGAGGAUCCCGGGCUUCCGUGACCUCCCCGAGCACGACCAAGUCAGCCUGCUGAAAGCUGGAACUUUCGAGGUGCUGAUGGUUCGAUUCGCCUCUCUGUUCAACAUGGUCGAGCGGACGGUGACCUUCUUGAGCGGCAAGCGCUACAGCCUCGACACGCUACGGUCGCUGGGCGCCGGCGAGCUGCUCAACUCCAUGUGCGAGUUCAGCGAGAAGCUGGUGGCGCUGCAGCUCGACUCGGACGAAAUGAGCCUCUUCACAGCCGUGGUGCUUGUCUCAGCCGAUCGCUCAGGGAUCCAGGACCUAAACUCAAUUGAGGCCCUGCAGGAUAAACUGAUCCGGGCACUGCGAAACCUGGUGAUACAGAACCACGGCGACGAGGCGGCCACCACCUUCACCAAGCUGCUGCUCAAGCUUCCCGAGCUGCGUUCACUCAACAAUAUGCACUCAGAGGAGCUGCUCUCCUUCAAAGUUCACCCUUGAAAGCUUCCUACGGGGGUACAUCCGUGCCCUCCACCUUAUCCACACACCUCCACCAGGACCUGCCUCUUACUGCCCCCUCACCUUCUGUUUUCGACCAACCCAGUUGCGUGUUUGUUUCUAGAAUGUAUUAAAAGUUAUUUUUUAUUCUAUUUUUGUUAAGUAGACUGUGUGAGAAGAAUAGAAGAGAGAAAAAUAUAAAACUGUACUGUAUUUAUAGAAGAGAUAGCUUACGCUUGUUGCACACAAGCAAGUGCGCGUGUGUCAGAGGUUCUUAGUUUUGCAAAGAAGAGUACUUAACUGGCUUUAUGAAAUGAUGAGAGUAGAAACCAACUAGUGAAUCCAAAAGCCAAUUAAUUCCAAAGUGUAUUCUCUGAUAAGCAGGAGAAUGUGAGAGACAAUAUAUACCUUGCAUACUGCAUGUUUGUUUGGUCGAAUAUUGUGACUGAUACAUGUUGGCGAGAAAGGCAAGCUAUCAGAAAAUGAACGGAAGAAUGUCUGACGAUUGCUGCUAAUGCAUGGCUGUACUUAAUGCGAACAACUAUUACUUGGAUCUUCUCCCCUUGCUCCAGAAAGCAUCAGUUCAUUGUUUCAGUGUGUAUAGUGUUGUGUAUAUUUUCUUUUCUUUUGUUUUUUUGUACGUGUUCAAGUCCAUGUGAACUGCCUGUACACUGCCUGGUGAUUUCUGGGGGAGUCGAUGACGACAUUUCAUCAGCAACACUACAUUUGUACAUGUUCUGGAGCAGAAAAACCAAGUAACACAAAAUCCACAAAAGGUGUGACACAGCAUCAUGUAAAGGCUACAUGUAAAUGUAGUUACACGCAAGUGUUUUUGCUGUUUUCCAACUUUCUGAGGGUUUUUUUGUCAUCUUUUUUUUUAUUUUAAUCAAACUUUGUGUGCUUUCAGCAUAGCACUGAAUCUUGACACUUGUUUUUGUUAUCCAUUUUGUUGAAAUAUCUGUUUCUUCGGCUGGCAACACUGCCAUAUGUAAAUAACUAUAUAAAUAUAAAUAUAUAUAUAUAUAUAUAUAUAUAAAUAUCUGAUGGACAGAAUAUAAAUAUGAUAUAGUAUGAAUAAAUACAAGUGAAGAAUA